AUGGUGCAAGAUAAAAUGAUCAAGAGGGUGAAAUUUAAACCCCGCUUUAAGAUCAUGACACCUUCCAGAAUGGACUGGAAGAAGGGUUUGUCACUUGGGGACGAAGUCUGGUAUACAGACGGCUCCAAGAUGGACUGCGGUGCAGGCUUCGGAAUUUAUCGAAAAACUGGCUGCAUUAAAGUGGCUGAGUCAUUAGGACAACAUGCCACGGUCUGGCAGACAGAGGUCUGUGCGAUUUUAACUUGCGCCCAAAUAUCCAUUCGAAAUGGAACAAAGGGCAAGAGGAUUAGUAUUUGUGUGGAUAGUCAAGCAGCCUUAGGGGCUCUGAAAAAUUCCACAAUAGAAUCAAAACUCGUCUGGGAAUGCCGCAGCGUACUAGAUGAGUUGGGUUCAGCAAAUAAACUUUCAUUGAUUUGGGUACCGGGUCACUCGGGAAUCAAGGGUAAUGAAAGAGUAGACGUCUUGGCGAAAACCGGUUCCGGGACGAAUUUUAUAGGUCCUGAACCAGCAGUGGCAAUAAUGCCGUGCUUGGUUAAGGGAGCCAUAGAAAGAUGGGGUCAAAAGGAACAUGAGAAGUAUUGGGCGAACGUUGGGGUGGGAAGGCAAGCAAAAACUCUGUUGGGGCUAGCACUCAAUAAGAGGCGAUCAAGCGAUCUCCUAAAACUCGAUAUGAUCAGAGUUAGAACCGUAGUUCGUCUACUUACAGGUCAUGGACUAUUAAACUACCAUCAGUAUAAAAUAGGCAGACGAGUUUCACCUAUGUGCAGACUGUGUGGGGCAAGUAACGAAACUUCGACUUACAUAUUAUCUGAAUGCCCAGCGUUAGCUAGGAUCAGGCUAUCUAGCUGGGGUCAAGCAAUCAUUGACCCUAAGCAGGUGAGCAACCUAUCGAUAGAAGAGAUACUGGACUUCUGGAGAAGAACAUGA